AUGCCUGCAGUCAACACUAUCAUCACUGCCAUCGUGGCUAGUCUCGCCAUUGGAGCUCAAGCUGGUCCUUGCAGACCUCAUCGUCCUUUAGGUUCCAUGAUCCAGUCUCAAGCGGCUACUACUGUAUAUGUUCAGCCCACCGUCGAGACUUCUGCUGCAUACUCCAAUGCUGUAAGCAAAUCCGAGUCCGAAGCUUCCCUUUCUACCACCGUAUAUGCCCAACCUUCCACCGAGACUUCUGCCGCAUACUCCGAUGCUGUGAGCGAGUCUGAGACCGUGGCUUCUCUUUCAACCACUACCCAGGUUACCAGCUCUGAAAAGACCGAGACCACUACAAGUGGUCGCCCUGCUGGAGAGUCUACGUCUGCCGUUUCUGAUUCUCUCAACACUGAAACCGCCAUCAAUCCUACCACGGCUGCUCAGGAGACCACAUCUUCUCUUCCUUCUACCAAGCAAGAGGCUAUUUCAACUUUCCACACCACUAUUUCGGUUCCUUCAACUACCUCGCAAGCUGAGGAUGUUCCUUCAACCACUUCUACAGAACCACAGAAUACUGUGGCUCCCACGGCCACCUCCUCCGAGCCUGCCACCACAUCUCAAGCUUCAACCACAGCAUCCGAAGUUUCCACUUCCAGCUGUGCAAACAAGUCCAGUCUCACCUGCGGCAAGACAGGUUUUUUCGCCAACGCUGAUAACAUGCUCCUUUAUAUUCUUCCCAACCACGAUCUCGAAGCAUGCAAGGCUGGUUGUGAAGCGAACGAGGAGUGCAAGGCCAUUGGUAUUAAUACAAGUGAUCAGUGCGAGCUCUACAAGACCAGCGUCUCUGCCCUGGGAUUCGAGGCUCGGGAUCCAUGGUACUUCUCCGUCUACGAUAUUUGCUGCUUUGAGGAUGAGCAAUAA